ACGCAGGUGGAAUCUGUGCGCGCGCUCUACCAACGAACGAUUUCAACGAGCGAACAAAUAGGAAUUGUUUAUUAUUUUUAUUACCAUCCACAAGUGCGAGUGUCAGUGUGUGUGCGUGCGUGUAUCCGGGUUGGUGUCAGUUGUUGCGAUGGUUCUAUAAUUGGAGAGAAGAAAAAAGAAAGGCCUGAAGCUAUCAGUGAAGCCGACGUGUAACGCGUCCGAUAGUGGGGUAGAGGCGCCACCAAGUGCAUUCAGUAUAUCGUCUCCCUUGGCACUGCACUUUAUCAGUGCAGUUUAUUUUUGCUGUGACCUCUCCCUUACUCCACAAUCUGCGCCUGCGGGGCAGCCCAUGUCCGCAGCAAAUGUCCUGGGCAGGUUUCUGGAAAUUGUGCUAGUGCCGGGUGCUUGCCGGCGGUGCAGUUAUUGAAAACGAAAAUAAAAACCGAAGCCACCACAGAUAAGGGACCGCCGGUCGGACGCGACGGUGCCCUAUACGAUUCGAUACGUUCGCUGUGCUUUUGCGAUGAUUGCCGUUGUCGGCUGUUUGCACUGUGGAUCGUACCAAAAACAACUGCAAACCACGUACAGACGCGAGGGGCGAAAAAACGGAAACAAAGUGAGUGAAAUUAAAAAGCCAAACCAAACAGCAGCAGCAGCAGUAGCAAGCCUCCGUACCGUCCGGUUGCACUGGUUUUGAAAGCAAACGGCAAAACACACUCACACAAAAAUAAAGGUUAAAGUGACAUCGAGAAGUGUAACGAAACGGAGCAACACAAAAAAAGUAAGCCGCAUUGUUUGUACAACAGAUGUGAUGGUGCAAAAUCGUAAUCGGAAAAUCAACCUUUUUUUUGGCGUAAAAAUAAUAACAUAUUUGGAAAGAGAGUUUCCUUCUGUUUACUUAAAAGAAAAAAAAAAAUAAGUCACAGUGAAACAUAACAAUCAAAUGAAAGUGAUGGAAAUAGUUGGAAAUAAAUAAAAGAAAGAAACGAAAAAUAUAAAAAAACCAUAAUAAAUGAGUUUAAAACGGCAAUCAGUGCAAUCAACAUUAAUCGAGCAUUGAAAUCGAAUGUGUGCGGGAAAAAAAGGGAAGUAAAACAGAUGCAUAGCACAAUAAUAAAAUACUCCAAAUAAAGGUUAUCAAAGCGGAAGUGCAACAAAAAAUAUAUAAUACGAUUUUAUGUGUGGUUACAGUGCGCGGUGAUCAAAAAGAGUCGAGUAAAAUACCAUUAAUUUGUGCUGAUAACGAAAGUAUUAACAAAAAAUCACUCAAGUGUACAAUCAAAACCGUUUGCUAAUCGCUGUGAAACGAGAACAAAUUGUUGAAAUAUUACUUUGAGGAGUGCCAAAAAGGCACAAAGUGAGGUUGUACUAAUCAAAAAGUCGUCACUCGGUAGUGAUCUUCUACGGAUUCGCUCCAAACACCGGACACGGUGUGACUUUGACGAGUGCGCUAAUUGAGCUGUUACUAUCAUCGGGAGAAGGUUGUCCGAUCAGAACCAUCUAAGAUGCUGAAGCACGUGCAGAUCUCGCCGAUGCGCAGCCGGGCGGAUUCGUUGUCGAUGCGUUCGUCCACAUCCUGCGCGUCGUCCCUGUGCGGCAGUCCGGAGCCACCGGGCGAUCAGCUCCGAAGCCACUCGAGAGCCUCCAGCUAUUCCAGCCUCAACGAAACCAUUCCGCAGACGACCAUCAAAAUCUACACGGCUUGCCUGCGGCAGGACAUCGAGUACAAAACGCUCGGCAUCUCGUAUGAUGCCACCAGCAAGAGUGUCGUACAGCAGGUUCUUCGAAGAUGCAAAAUGCGCCAUCGAGAUCCGCGGUUGUUUUACCUCACGAUGGAAGUCACUGUACGUCGGCCGGGUGUGAAAUCCGUGCUCGAGUUAGACGACGAAGCACGACCAGCGCUAUUACAGGCCUGCCAUCCCAAGGGUGACUCCAGGUUUUGUCUCCAGCAAAAACCGGGUGGUCUAAUACGGGUACACACCUCAGCGCUACAGCCCAACUCCCAGUACAAGUCGCUACUCAUCUCGGAGGAGACAACCUCAGACGAGCUGCUGUCGCUGCUACUCUCCUGCUACAACUCGAUCGAACCGGUGGAACAAUUUUCCCUGUACGAGGUGUGCCCCGGCCAGGAGUAUCAGCGCAAACUGCACCCGGACGAUCUGCCCCUGAAGACACAGCUGCAGCGCCAGCAAAAGGGCGAGAUUAUGCAUUUUCUCGUACGCCGUAAUCCAAACUACCCGCGUCGCCGUCAGCUGCUCGCCACCAUUGCCGAAUCGAAACACUUUAUCCUCAACACGUCCCUGGACUCCGCGAACGUACAGCUACCGGCAGCGGGCAUACACCACCAUCAUCUGCAUCAUCAGCAGCCACAGCACCACCACCACCAUCAUCAUCGGUUGUCGCUUCAUUCGGGCAGUUUUUCGCUCGGGCCCACCGGUACGCCCACCAACACCUUCAUCUCGGACAUUGUGGAUGGGUUGAGCUCGCUGAACGAUCUGCCGGCUGAGGCGAAGAGUCUGCGGCUUAAGGAGAGUAGUACCUUCUGUCCUGCGUCGCUCGACGAUUCGGCCACCUCGACCGAUUCGGCUGACUCGACCGAAUCGUCCUCAUCGUCCUGUUCGUCCUUUUCCUCCCUUUCGUCCGACUCGUCCUUCGAGGAGCCGGAAAAGCCGACCAUCGAUAGCGCGAGCAGUGUAACGAACGCGAGCCCCUGCCACCAAGCACCGCCAGAAGUGAAGAGUAAAAAUAGUGCCCAGCACCAGCAGCCACCACCCCGGCCGGCCAAAUCGUCCACCAUGCUGGCGGCACUUAGCCGACCGGCGUUGUUGCCUGCCUCCACGCUGGCCGCCCCGUCGUACAAUCCCGUGUACAACAUACGUGAAAUUCGUACCGUCAGUCAGUCGUUUUCGGCACUUGGGAUUGACAAAAAGCUGGCAGACAUUCGUAGCGGCGUGAAAACGGGCCCCACCGAGAGCGGCACGGCGCGGAGUAGCGCCCUGUUGAAGGAGAUGGUUAACACGGACCCGGCAAAGGGUGUCGGUAACUUUGUCUACAUUUAGACGCCGGUGCCGAGGCCCGCACAAUACGAAUCGUCUUUCGGGCACAGGAACAUGUUGGCGAGUGUUUGUAAUGCUGCUAUCAUCCUAGUCUUAGCUGUAAUCGUAAAACAAAGCAGAAUCAUCCACACGGGGAAGGCGGAAAGAAUUUGGAGGCUGCCGUCGAGCGAGCGGAAGCGUUAAAAGUGCCUUAUCCGGCAUCGUGUAGAGACAAUCGGAAUGAAUCCUAUUUCGUAGUUUGUGUGGGCACCGAAACAGAAUCCAAACACUGUACAGAUUACCAGGUAGAUUGGGUUGGGAAGCGAGCCUGUAGGAAGCCAAAUAGGAGCCAGAAGGCACACACAUACACACCCUGGUUCAUGGAGAAACGAAUGUAACGAAUGCCCCAAUCCUGGUGUGGAAUUGGGUGGAAGUGAACAUCGAUGUUGUUGUGCUGCAUGCCAAAGAGUUUUUAAUCAGCUAGCUAACGUAAGGAAAUUGUUUUAAGACACGAACCCUUGAGCAUACGCGCAGUUUACAAAUCAUAUGCACCAUUAGCCAAAGCCUUAAAAAACGCGUACGGCGACGGGCGACUACUACACUCCGUAGUCCGUUCGAUCGUUGCCGAGAAACUAUAGAAAUACCAAAUGAAAAGUACUUUUAUCAUCUGAAACAGACGGUAGAGGGUAGAUGAGUGUUUAUGAGAGCGCUUGUUGCCUUUGUCCGUAUGCUGGAAUUAUUACUAUUUUCUCCUUCUUUCUCUACGCUACCGUACAUUUAGCUAGUGCUUAAAGUUUAGCGAACGAAGCAAUAUAAACUUGUAUACACUGUAUUGGAACUAUAUGUCUAUAAACAGCAGCUACAUGUGUAUGAAUCCCUUUUACUCUCUUACGCUAUCGAUAUAUUUUAUCUCCCCCCAACUCUUUACACGUGUCUAUCAGAUGUAUUUUUAUUAACUCGUAAGUAAGUUAUCAACUGAAAUAUAAAGUAGAGAUAUUAU